UUUGUACUUUUCCAAAUUUAUAGUACAUGCAAACAAAAAUAUGAAAAAGGAACACAAAAGAAACAAACUAAAAGGUAUAAAACACACCUAAUCUGUGGGGGAAAGAAAAGAAAGAAUAAUUAUACACCUGUAUAUAGAGAUGGGGCCAGGGAAUACCCAGCACUAAGGUGACAUUGGAUGUCCUGGUGGUUUUUGUCCAUAAAACUACUCAUCUAAGAUUAACACAAAAUUAUUAUUAUGUGCUUGAUGUGCCUCACCUUUGACCCUGGCUUUUCCCGUCUGACUGCACUAGGACAUAUUGCCACCUAAUAAAAUAACACAUUGAUUCCUGAAAUUCCUGUUGGUUUGAAAGUCCUGCGUUUUGGUCCUGCAUCCACCCUGAUCAUGUAUUUCUCUUUCAUUCUGCUUCCUCUCACCUGUUUCUCCGUGUCUCCAUGGAAAGAGCACUGAAACACCUGAAAGACAUCUGUGUAAACGAGGACAUAAAUGGAAGACUGGGCUGGAAUCCAGAGCAGCAGCAUCAUGGAGAGGAUCCUGCUGUGUGUCUGCUGCUUCUCAGGCUGGUUUGUCUCCACAUGCUGUCCCCGUCAGUACCACUAUGUGGAUGAUGCAAAGACUUGGACUGAAGCUCAGAGCUACUGCCAACAGACUCACACAGACCUGGCCUCCAUCGAGAACACUGAAGAAAUGAAGCAGCUGAACAGCACAGUUUCAUCUGCCGCUCACAGCUCUGAGCUCUGGAUCGGUCUGUACAGUCAGAUCAGGUGGAGGUGGUCAGAUGGGCUCACAGGGAGUGGAGCUGACUACAGGAACUGGGACACUUCUGAAUAUGAACCAGAUUUUUACUCUGGGGUUCAGUUCUGUGUGUCCUCUUUAGAAGGAAAAUGGUGGGAUUUUCAGUGCAGAGAGAAGCUCCAGUUUAUUUGCUACAGAGGAUCUCAGAUGAACCCUGAGUUUGAUUUGGUGGAUAAAGAAAUGAGUUGGUCCGAUGCUCGAAGGUACUGCAGGGAGAACUUCUUGGACCUGGCCACUGUCAAGAACCCCGGAGAGAACCAACAAGUCCAUGAAAAGGCUCAGAGUAAAAGGGUGUGGAUUGGCCUGCACAGAGAGCCACACAUUUACUGGUCUGAUGGCACAAAGUACUCAUUCUCAAACUGGGCCAGUGGGAUGAACCCGUUUAGGGGUAUGAGUAAGAUCUGUGCAGCUCUGACUCGUUCAGGAGAAUGGAAGACUUUGUCCUGUGAAACAAGAUUACCAUUUGUCUGCUACAGCCUCCCUACACCUGUAAAGAGGCAGGUAGUGAAGCUCACAGUACAUGUGGAGGACCCUCCUGUGGAUCUGAAUGACUCUGCUGUGAAAGCAGAACUGCUGACAAGGGUGAAGGAGCAGCUGAAGAAGAAAGGAGUGGGUGGAGUCAGUGUGAGGUGGAGAGUGCAGCCGUAUGGGAAGCUCUUGGCUGGAGAUGGAAGAAGAAAGAAGACUCUGAGAGAAAAAGAAAAAUGUUUCAGAAGCUUUUCUGCUUGAAACAUGUGACAGCCAAUUAAACUUUAUUAUCCACACGUCAUUCUCCCAGCUGUGUCUAAGCACAGAUGUGGGCUAACAUCUGUUUUUAGGCUCUUCUGUCACAGUGUUUGUGGGCGUGGCCUCUUCUUUGGCUUUCAUAGAGAUAAAUGCAGACGUGUUUGUGAGCUACAGGUUUCUGCUGACACAUGUUCACUUUUGGAAAUCAGAGGGACAAACAUGCUCUCCAACAGCUGGUCACCCCAGUCACCAUGGAAACAAGCACAGGAAAUACAGCAGGCUGAAACUGUCAUGGUCCUGGCUCUUUGAGUUUCUGGACUUUGUGUUUAUUAUUAAAUAUUUUCUAUGUGAUUAUUAGUUUCCUGAUUGUUUCUAUUUCAUCUUCGUGUUAUUCCUCAGUGUUUCAGUCUGGAGGGUUUAUUUCCAGUUACUGUUGAUGUUGCUUUAUUUUAUUCUUUCACUGUUUCCCGUCUCAUCCUCCUGUGAUAAGUUCCUUCAUGUGGACUUUGCCUUCAACACAGUUCAAGCCCACAAACUGGUUCAUAAACUCAGCAACUUAGGACCCAGCAGCUCACUGUGCAGCUGGAUACUGGACUUCCUGAGCAACACACCCCAGAACGUCAGAAUGGGAGCCACACCUCCUCCACCCUCACCCUGAACGUGUGUCC